UUUGCAGCCCCCGCGGAUGCUCCAGCGCUGGCCUGGCCGCGUCCCGCCGGCUGGAGCGUGCUCGCGCGGGCCAUGCAGGAGCCCCUGCUGGGAGCUGAGGGCCUGGACUAUGACACCUUCCCCGAGAAGCCGCCCCCGUCGCCCGGAGAGAGGGCGCGGGUCGGGGCCCUGCAGAACAAAAGGGUGUUCUUGGCCACCUUUGCUGCGGUGCUGGGCAAUUUCAGCUUUGGGUAUGCCCUGGUCUACACGUCCCCUGUCAUCCCAGCCCUUGAGCACUCCUCAGACCCAGAUCUGCAUCUGACCAAAACUCAGGCAUCCUGGUUUGGGUCUGUGUUCACCCUGGGAGCUGCUGCUGGGGGCCUCAGUGCCAUGGUCCUCAAUGACCUCCUGGGACGGAAGCUCAGCAUCAUGUUCUCUGCGAUCCCCUCUGCGGCGGGGUACGCGCUCAUGGCAGGCGCCCAUGGCCUCUGGAUGCUGCUGUUGGGGAGGACGCUCACUGGCUUUGCUGGGGGACUCACGGCGGCCUGCAUCCCGGUGUACGUAUCUGAGAUCGCCCCUGCUGGUGUCCGUGGGGCCCUGGGGGCCACGCCGCAGCUCAUGGCAGUGUUCGGAUCGCUGUCUCUCUACGCCCUUGGCCUCCUGCUGCCCUGGCGUUGGCUGGCUGUGGCCGGGGAGGGGCCUGUGCUCGUCAUGGUCCUGCUGCUCAGCUUCAUGCCCAACUCGCCACGGUUCCUGCUCUCCCGCGGCAGGGAUGAGGAGGCACUGCAGGCACUGACCUGGCUGCGCCCAGCAGAUGCAGACGUCCACUGGGAGUUCGAGCAGAUCCAGGACAAUGUCCGGAGACAGAGCAGCCGAGUGUCGUGGGCAGAGGCCCGGGACCCCCACAUGUACCGGCCGGUGCUCAUUGCCCUGCUCAUGCGUUUCCUGCAGCAGCUGACAGGCAUCACGCCCAUACUGGUCUACCUGCAGUCCAUCUUCGACAGCACGGCCGUGCUGCUGCCCCCCAAGGAUGAUGCAGCCAUUGUGGGAGCCGUGAGGCUUCUGUCCGUGCUGAUCGCGGCCUUCACCAUGGAUCUGGCUGGCCGCAAGGUCCUGCUCUUCGUUUCGGGUGAGGCUCCCUGCCCCACUUCUCCCCUCCCACCCACAGUGUCUCUACCCACUGCCACUUGUGCCAGAGCUAGGGCACAGCCACCUGGGGCCUCCCCAGCACCUGGCACCAGCCAGCUUCUCCAGAAAGCCUGCUGGAGCUCGGGUGAGCAACACACCAGGGGUGAGGGGAGCCCAGACCAGGGCUGGCAGUGUGUGUGCUACCCUGUGGGAGGCCUGUCCCAAGCCAGCCAUGCUGCCCGGCUCAGGGUGCCACAGAGCAUGACGGUUCCCCCAGGAGAGCCAUGGCUCAGAGGGUCCUGGCCCCUGAGGGCCACCUGUGUCCACAGCAACCAUCAUGUUUGCUGCCAACCUGACGCUGGGGCUGUAUGUCCAAUUUGGUCCAAGGCCUCUGACCCCCAACAGCACUGUGAGCCUCGAGACCCUGUCCUUGGCGGGCACAGAGCAGCCCCCGGCCACACCCACCAGCUACCUCACUCUGGUGCCCCUCCUGGCCACCAUGUUCUUCAUCAUGGGAUAUGCCAUGGGCUGGGGGCCCAUCACCUGGCUGCUCAUGUCGGAGAUCCUGCCCUUGCGUGCCCGUGGCGUAGCCUCAGGGCUCUGUGUGCUGGUCAGCUGGCUCACCGCCUUCGUCCUCACCAAGUCCUUCCUGCUGGUGGUGAAAGCCUUCAGCCUCCAGGUGCCCUUCUUCUUCUUCGCGGCCAUCUGCCUGGUGAGCCUAGUGUUCACGGGCUGCUGUGUGCCUGAGACCAAGGGCCGCUCCCUGGAGCAGAUCGAGUCCUUCUUCAGCAGCAGGAGGAGGUCCUUCCUGCACUAGGCCAGGGAUCUACCUGCCAGGUGGCCAGCCUCCACGGUGGCCACAAACCCAUGCCCUGCAGCCGGGACGUGGUGCAGCCGUCACUCCUAUGAGCCGCAGCACAGGGUCAACCAGGACCUGCUUCUGACUGGACAGGCAGCACGCUCCGGCUCAGGCGGCCUGCAGGAGGUGGCACAGACCUGCUGGCUCUCAGGCUGGCCCUUGGCGUGUGCCAGGCCGUGUGGAGGACAGAGCAGCACUGGAGGUGGCAUUGGCUCAGCACAGGAACAUCAUCACUUGGCCUCCUCCAGGCGUCUUGGUGUGGACAGGAGGGUCUGUGGACAUCAUGCAGCAACACAUGCCCUACUUCCAGAGGCCAGGGCACAGGACAGCCACUUGCCCCACAUCAGCCCCACCUCAGGGAUAGGGGCAACCAUCUGCAAACUGUGUUCACCCUAUUUACAAAAAUAAAUAAGUUGGGCCUGCAGCCCUAUGGAGGAAGGAGUGGGGUCUUUAGCUGGAGGAGGCUCCCCACCCUUGCAGGCAGGCCAGACCAGACACCGGCCAUGGCUUCAGAGCCUGCUGCCCUAGUAGGGCCCUAAAUUCAUGGUCACUCUGGACUUGAGCUCAGUGCAGCAGAGAGGCAGGAGGGGCAGUGUGGUGGGUCCACCUUGGGGCCUGGCUCUUCCUGGUGUGUCACCUUGGAGCCCCUUUCCCCAUCUAAGCAGGCUGACAGGGCCUUCAGUUACUCCUGGGCCAGCAGCUCCUGCUCCGCCAUCAUGGACACGGGUAUCCCUACUGCUGACAGGCGCCAGAGACAGAAGGUAACAGCAGAGAGCAAGCGGAGGAACUGCAGCCCUGCUUUACUGCUCAAAAUGCAGCCGCGUGGAAGA